AUGCCGUAUACCUUGAAGGGCCGGAAUGUCUUGGUGACGGGUGGAUCAAGGGGGCUUGGAGCUCUAAUCUGCGAGAAGUUCGCAGCAGAAGGGUCAAACAUCGUCGUCAAUUAUGUGAGCAGCAAAGAUAGGGCAGACCAGGUGGCCGAAAAUUGUAAAAAGGAGCUUGGAGUCAAGGCAGUGGUCAUUCAAGCAGACAUUGGAGUCGUUGGAGACACCACUCGCCUAGUCAAGGAAACUGUGCAGCAGCUGGGGGGGCUUGAUAUCAUCAUCAACAAUGCCGGUUGGACCAGAUUCGCCAACUUCGGCGACAUCAAUGACCUAACUCAUGAUGAAUGGAACAAGUGCUGGUCCACCAAUGUCAUGUCCCAGUUGGUGUUGAUGCAGGAAGCUGCUCCCAUUUUCAAUGCCAAUCCAGACGGGGGUGUUUUCAUCAUAUCUUCGUCAGUCGCGGCGAAAGCUUGCAGUGGAAGCAGCAUGGGCUACUCAGUCACCAAAGCUGCAGGUCUCCAUCUCAUGAAAUGCCUCGCCUCCACUCAAGGCCCAAAAAUUAGAAUCAACGCUGUAUUGCCGGGUCUUCUUUUGACAGAGUGGGGCAUGAGAUAUAGCGAAGAGCGGAUACAGGCCACGAAAAACAUGGCCGCUUUGAAGAAAGAGACGUCAUUGGAGGAUUGUGCAGACGCAUAUAUUUCGACAGCAAAGAACACGUCCAUGACCGGCCAACAGAUUGUUGUUGACGCCGGUCUCGUGAUUUCAUAG